AUGAAACCGGGUGUUACAGGGGAAGCCAUUUGGAAGCCAUGGUUCAAAUCCCUCUCAAACUGGUCUAUGGAAUAUAACUACAAUGAAAGAAUAACCUCUAUAAUUACUCAAGGGGUGCCACAACACGCUUGGUGUGAAGAAGCUUUCAACACCAUCUCCAAGUUUUGGGGAUUAGUGGUUAUACCGGAAGAAUGCCCAAUAGACUCUGCAAACUUAACCUUUGGGCGUGUAGGCACUAUCGCCUCACAUCCUGGACUAAUCAACUCCUCUAUUUCUGUCUUUGUUGAUGGAAUUCGUUUUGAGAUCAAUGUUAUGGAAGACAUUUUUGAGUCUAUAAAGCUCAACCCUGUGCUGGCAUUUAAUGAUUUCCAUCACUCCAAUGGGAAUUGGUGGGCCGAUGGAGGACGUGAAGACGACUAUGCAACAUAG